AUGACGACCACGACUGCACCUCUGAGUUCCCCAGCGGACGAGGUGUUGGGGCAGCUCCAAAGCUGCUUCGGGAGCGUGCUGGCCAACAAGCGCAGCAUGGACGAUCCCAUGCAGGCGGUGCCGGCGGACAGAUUCCAGAAAACGGGACGCGGAGCGAUAGCCCUGGGAGGCCAGGGCAAAGGCUUCCAAGGCAAAGGCGGCAGACGCCGUCCAGGGGGCCGACAACAGGGGAGAGGGGAGAACGGCCGAACCCACCACAACCCCGACAAUCGCAGCUUCUCGAGUGGAUCCACGGAAGACAACGAGGAUGCGGAAAUCCUGCAUCUGCUAGCGAAAGCAGUGGUGCGACACGAAGACUCGAUCAACAUCCUACGCCGGUCCACCGGCUGGGUAUGGUGGGCCCGUUCCGGGGAGGGCUCCAUCCUCCCGCUACUCUCCGAUCUGGCGCGCAAAUGGUCAGAGGCUGCCAACAGCCAGGAGAUUCAGCCCAACCGAGUGAGCUUGCGCGUCACUCUCCUCUGGGGACUCUUGACCUGUCUCCAGGACAAGAUUACCAACCUCACCCAGGAUCAGAUGGCGUUUGCAGUUCGCAGCUCGUGGGCGGACGCGAAUGGGGGAUGGAACUUCCAGAAGUGGGAUGCUCACCAUCAGAUGCUUGUCGUGGACACGUCUCGCCCGCCGUUGAGCACUGCGCAGGUCAAGGAAAGCUUGGGGACUCUCCUUCAGGCGAUCAACGGCGACACGCUGACUCGGUUCUCGGCGACUCAGGAGAUUCGGGCAGACGCUCAGGGCAAGAUCACCUUCCAUGCGGACAUCAGUCUUCGAGCGCCGGGCUCCGAUGCCCUCUACCAAGAACUGGUCCGACUCCAGAGCUGCGCGAUCUUUCAGAUCAUCGGGGUCCAGUUCAAGCAGGUCUUUGAUGGCGUGUGGGAGUCCCGGCGUCAGGUUUGUAGCGACCCGCCGCAGCUUCAGGAAACACACAGGUCAUUGAAUAUCGAGUUUUGGCGGCUGUAUGUCAUCAAGGCCAGUUUGCCACAUCGGGUCAUUACACUACGUAUAUCUUUUGAUAUGCCGGCGAGAGGGAAUGGCCAACUGAGGAUCAGGCCAGAUUACGUUGGCACUGGUCGCAUCGCUCUGAUGCGUGGGGUCACUGAGGGGCCAUAUAACCUCUUGGAUCAGGCUCUCCCGCGGUCGUUGACCUCGGGCCCUCGUGGCUCACCGCUGCCCCGCAUUGCCUCCGGUGGCUGGAUCCAUUUCGCGAUUGUCUCCGACGUUGUCAUUGAGCUCUUUCAGAGUAUUGGGGAGUUAUGGGAGCUGGAGCUCCCAUCAAUCUUAGGAUUGGCACAUCCUCGCAUCGUGGAUGUCGACACCGACUCGGAUGAGUUCUCGCCGCUUGGCGCCGAUGUCUUCACUCAGCCUACCCAGAUAUCGGAUCAGGCCCUAGUCGGAGUCUCAGCCUCCUCGUCUACGUUGGCAGCUGCGUCAUCUUCUUCGCCUACUUCCCACCAUCCACUGACACACCCUUCGCGCUCGACCAUUGCAGGUUCCGAGCCCAUCUUCGACGUUGAUGCGGACAUGACCGAUCCAGUUGAUCAGAGCGUGUUGGACACUCAGGUCUAUACGGCGCCUGAGGCGCCCGCUGUCACAGCUGGGGACUGGGGAGAGGUUUGGAACAUGGAAAGGCCGGCGCAGGGAUUUCUAACAUAUGAGCUGCAGCUGGACAACAUUACUUUGCCCCCAGUGCCGGAACAAGAUGCCUCAGCGAUGGAAUGGCUAGCCUACUUCGUGUGCUCUAAGCGCAACUGCACAACAGACGAUCUGCGCCACCUCUGUCAGCUCCUGCCCUCGCAGACUUCGGCCAAACGACGCAGGACUACAACUUCUGAUGGAGGCACUGGCCGUUCUCAGCGCAGUUUCUCAGUUGGGGCCUACUCGGCAGGAGGAUGCCAUGGAAUACAGUGCAACACCUUUAAUUUUCCCUGGACAGCGUGUUGGCUAGCAUCUAUGGUUCAGGCGGCGGCUCCUUCACAUCGGUACAGCACUUGCACAUUGCUUCACAACGUGAUGCAUUACCGGCACACCGACAGCCGGAACGCACCGAACACCACUAACCUCAUUAUUCCUUGCGACUUCUGGCGAGGGGGGCAGCUUUGGGUUGCCAAUCCCCACGGUUCCAUCCAUUUGGACUCCACCUCAGGGCCGGGGUUGUUGCGGGAGAUUGUCAGACCCUAUGUGAUUCAGGACCCGAUGACCCCGCACGCGACCUUUCCGUGGUCACAUGGAGACAGAACCAUUCUGGUUGCUCAUCAUGCGCGUGGACUGGAAGCCCUCACAUGCGAUCAGAGAUCAACCUUAACUGGUUUUGGUUUUCAGCUGCUUCCUCUGUCUGGUGAGGCGGCCUCCAGGGCGACUUGA